UUGUUAUUAUAGUUUAGAAUGUAUUUAUAUGCAAGUCUAUGGAAUCGAGAAACAUUUUCCUUGCUGUUCAUAUAAUUAAAGGCCCACUCGCAGUAUUUUCAAAUGGCGAAUUUGAAAUACAUGUAGAUUACAUCUUGAGUUAUGCAGAUGGCGUCUGAGAACAAAAUCAGUUAUGUAGAUUUGUAAAAGAAGUAAAUUCCAGCACAAUGGAUGCAGGUGUAAGGAUGAAGUCAAAACCUGGACAAACAUUUUAUUUGUUGACGUUAUCAUACAUUCUGUGGUUGUGUUUGAUUGCUGAAAUGAGUGCUGGUCCUCAGCCAACAUCUUGCUACAAAUCCCGCAAAGUGUUCAGUAGUUCAUGGGGUAUUAUUACAGAUGGACCAUCAGGAUCGAAUUAUACCCAAGACUCACACUGUGAAUGGCUAAUUAAAGCUGUGAACAGUAGCCAGUUCAUUACCUUGAAGUUCUACACAAUGAGUACAGAAUGCUCAUAUGAUUAUGUAUUUGUGUAUGAUGGUGAUUCAUUUGAAUCCCCACUCAUUGGAAGCUUCAGUGGCAAGACACAACCACAGCAGGUCACUGCAUCAUCUGGAGCUAUGCUGAUAUUGCUGUACAGUGAUACAAACUAUGUAUUGGAUGGCUUCCGAGCUGAAUUCUUUGUAACAAACUGCCCAAACAAUUGCUCAGAUCAUGGGAUGUGCUCACCACUUCAUAAAUGUUACUGUGAGGGAACAUGGGGGGGUCAUGAUUGCGGAUUAGAUCUAUGUCCAGAAGGCUGUGGCAAGGAUUUACACAGGGGAGAAUGUAAAAUGAACAGAUGUCAUUGUAAACCUGGAUAUUCAGGUCAGGCCUGCAGCCUCUACAGAGCCGAUCAGUCUGGAAACAAAUGGCACUGGUUAUCUCACUCAGAUGGAGGCCUCACGCCUCGUGCAGCCCAUACAGCUGUUUAUCACAAAGAGACAGACUGUCUGUUUGUCUUUGGUGGCUAUAAUUUGAACAGUGUUCUGGGAAAUCUGGAAGUUUAUCGGUUUGCUACCAGCCACUGGGAAGAUGAGAAUGGAAAUGAGCUAGUUGGAACAGAUGGCAUGGGGCAACCGGAUCAUCAGAUAAUUGCUGCAGUAUUAGACCGAGGAGAACAACGGUGGGGAGUGCCCACAACUAAGUCUAUUUUUAGAAACCUCCUAUUCUCAAUUGCGGAAAACUCAACAUUAAGUAUACGGCACCGUGCACAGGGUGAUGGCUCAGGGCAUCUCCAGAGACUGGGCAGAGAUGUGAAGCUUAGGGAAGGACAAGAAGAAGAUGCUCAUCUACACAGAGGAGUGGAGGAAAGUGAGGAACAGGGGCAAACAUGGGACUUGGAGAGAGUAAACAUUGAAAUUCCAGAAGAAACAAGUCAUGAUGUGGAGGAAUUGGCUUCAGACAAAGAAGAUUCCCUUGUGGAAUUACUGAAUGAGCCAUUUGAGUUUAUGGAAAAGAAGUCGGAUACACCUCUUCAACCUGCACCUCGCUACGGACAUGCAUCUUGCAUCUACCCUGGAGGUUUUGUGAUAUAUGGAGGAAAGCUUGCUGAUGGAAGUUUCUCAGAUGACCUAUGGUUUUACAAUGUGACGGAACGGACGUGGUCAUUGCGGGCAGUAUCAUCUGUUCUUCGGCCUCCAAAGCUAACCAGACACACGUUGACAUUGGCUGGUGGGGAUGAAGGAUGGCUGUACUUAUUUGGAGGAAGCACCAUUGGAGGAGAGUUUUCCUCCAAGCUGUUCCGCAUUCGACUCAGUCUUGGUCCCAAUGGCAAUAUCCAUGAUGAAAGAUGGUCAGAAGUUCGACCUCGUGGAGGUAAAGAGCUGGACGUCCGUGUUGUGGCACACUCAACAGUGCACCAUGCCAGGACCAACUCUCUGUUGGUAUAUGGAGGCAUUGUUGCUGGAGUGGCUCGAUUCUCAAAGCUGAGUGAUCGCAUGUUUUCAUUUCAAUUGGACAGCAGACAUUGGUCAGAGAUACAUUAUCCUCGCUCACACCUGCAGGAUAUGCAUGUCCCCAGAGAAAGGGCAUUUCAUACCAGCACUAUCAUAGGAAAUUAUCUGGUGGUUUUUGGUGGCUAUUCUCAUCGCCACAACAAGGAGGAGAUCUGCUAUGACAACCAGCUAUACCUGUACCACUUGGGUUGCCACACAUGGGUUAGCCAUGAAAUUCUUGGCAACACUGACGAAGUUUCCCGUUAUCCGAAACAACAAGGAGUGUUUGCACAUGCAGCUGAUGUACGUAAUGGCAAUACAUUAAUCAUAGUUGGUGGGUACCAUGGAAAUGUGAAUGCAGACCUCCUGGCUUACACUCUGCCACCAAUGUUAGCUAGCAGGGAAGGAGAGGCGUUCGAACCAGAGCAAGUUUGUAGCAGGUACCACAACAAAAUAGAAUGCACUUCAAAUCCAGAGUGUGGAUGGUGUUCAGCUGAUGAGGUGUGUUAUGGCCGAACUGUUGGCAUCAACUGUACUACAAACCUGCAGACAACAAGAUGUCCUGGGAUUUGUCCGGCUCUCGGUGACUGCCACUCUUGUCUGAUCCAUGGCAAUGCUUCAGGUGGUUCUAUGUCUGCAUCAGGUCCAGGUGAUGCUGUGGCUGGCCAAGUUUCAUCUGUGGCCCAUAAGUUAAGGCUGGACCAAUGCACAUGGUGUGUUCAAAAUGCCCGUUGUCAUCAUAAGGAUGAUAACUUUGGAGUGUGUGGUCUGCGAGAGGAUACUCCAUCUCAGGUUCCAGGAUGGUGGGGGUCGAAAGGUACAGAGGUAGUGAAGGUUGAGGAGUGUCGUGAGUUGGAUCGCAGACCAGGCCUCACAUUCCUGAAGUACAAGAAUCCUGCAAACUGGUCUCACCCUGAUUCGGUCACAAUAAUUAAUGCAACAACAGUGGAUUUCAAUACGGUGAGCUUGUCCACACGUACAGAGCAAGCUCUUGGAGGGGAAAUUACUGCACGUCUACUUGGAUUUUUGAGGCCUCCUGAGAGUUGGGGUAAUGACGAGAUGCUUCGUGUAUGUGCAAGUUACUCAGAUGCUGUACUCAAUAUGUCUCAUGAUGUAGAGUAUGGAAAGGUGCAGGUAGUUGCUAACUUGACAGCAGAGAUGUCACAGUGUGUGGCAGCCCACUGGCCAUCCGGCAGCCCGGUUACACUCGCACCAGGUCGGUACUUGGUGGACUUUGAGUCUCGUAAUACAAGAGGACCAUAUGCCCCACACCGCCAGUCCAAGAUGGAGCUUCAUCACAACAAGACCUCAGAGAAUGCCAAGGUGUUCACAUUUGAGUACUUAGAGCCUUAUGAAAAUGGGUCAUGCCACCAGUACACCAACUGUCUGCACUGUUUGACUGAUUCACUGUGUGGCUGGUGUGACUUGAACCAACGCUGUUAUUCACGCCAUCUCGAUGAGGUGGAGGUGUGCACUUCAGGGUCAGACACAGAAGAAUGGCAUUACUUCACGUUGCUCCCAUUCAGUUGUGCCAAUUGUUCCAACUAUAUUACUUGUGAGAGCUGUGUUGGCAGUAGUCUUUGUGAGUGGUGGACUGAAGAUGCUCGGUGCGCCAGAAGAGGGAGAUCACAGAAUGCAGUGGUGGAGCUUUCCCAGUGCCCAGUGCCUUGCUAUCAGCGUGAUAACUGCUCUCAGUGUCUUGAUGACCGAGGUCGAUGUGUUUGGUGUGAAGCAACACAGGAAUGCUUCUCAUUCUCUGUGUACACAUCAGAGUAUCAGUUUGGAUUAUGCCGUGAGUGGAUGGACCAGGCUAAUACUCAUCAGCAGCAGCGUGGAUUAGAUACAGCUAACAAAUCAGGUCUCUUACAACUCAGCCAGCAGUGUAAAUCGUGUAGUCGACAUGCCAACUGCUCAGGUUGCUUACAGAAUCUAGGUUGUGGCUGGUGUUACAGUGUUGAGAACCCCAUCCUUGGUCUUUGUGUGGAAGGUGAUUUUAAUCGCCCACAAACUGAACCAUGCAGCCAGGUGGUAAGUGAUCAUCACAAUAUAUCACUGAUGACUUCGGAAGCAAAGUGGGCUUAUGCACAGUGCCCUGAUGUUGAUGAGUGUGACCUCGGUCUUCAUGACUGCCAUCCGGAGGCUGUUUGUACCAAUACUCAUGGCUCUUACAGCUGUCAGUGUAAACGUGGCUUUAUUGGUGAUGGCAAGAUAACUUGUACUAAAACAUGUUACAACAAAUGUAUCCAUGGCUAUUGUAUGGGUGCACCUGAUUAUGCAUGCAAGUGUGAUCUCGGCUGGACGGGUGUGGAUUGUGGGACCAACUGUGGUUGUCACAAUCACUCCACUUGUACGCAGGGCAUAAACAAGUGUGAUGAGUGUCAGAACUGGGCUACAGGAGAAUUCUGUCAGUACUGUAGACCUGGCAGCUAUGGGAAUGCUACGUCUGGUCGAGGUUGUCAUGUUUGCAAUUGUAAUGGACAUGGAAAUGAAGCAAAAGGCAUCUGUGACUUGCAGACUGGGGUGUGUUUCUGUCAAGAUAAUACAGAAGGUGACACAUGCAGCAGGUGCAGGAAGGGUUAUUAUGGAGAUCCCAGGAAUGGUGGCACAUGUUAUUAUCAGUGUGUGUCCCGAGGAAUGUUAUCCGGUCUGGAGUCACAAGGUCUGGGUAGCCGCUUGGGUCAGUUGACACCGUGGGAGUCUCGCCUUGGUGCACCACCCACCAGGGAGUGUUUGUGGAUUGUAACUCCAUGUGAUGUACAUAACAAAUCUGUUCCACAUGACUGUACUGUUCAGUUUACGAUCCAUGAGGACAUCAACGUCAGCUGCCAAGAGAACAGUGUUUAUGUGUAUGAUGGGCUGCCAGAUUUUGUAUCAGCCACUAACAGUCACCAGAGUCACGUGCUGGGUGUGUUCUGCAGCGUGGACUCCAAGUACCCAGUUACUGUGGAAGCCAAGUCUGGUGUUUUGACAGUAUAUUACAAACAAGGAGAUUUGUCAGAGGGUUUCAAUGCCAGUUAUAAAGUUCUGAGCUGCCCAGAUAGUUGUCCUGGUAAUCACACUUGUCGCAGUGGGCAAUGCAUAUGUGCAGAUGGCUGGACAGGGACUAAUUGUUCUAUCGAAAUGUGUCCCAGCAACUGUAGCAGUGAUAAGAGGCAAGGAGUGUGUGACAAGAAAUAUGGUCGUUGCCUAUGUUCCUCUGGGUUUGGCGGUGAGGACUGUUCAGUGGCUCUGCAUGGCUCACAGCUGGUAUUUACCCAACUUUUUGAUGCGGCUCGACUCCCCACAGACAGUCAAGUAGACCAUCUGCGCAAACAGCUGCCACGCUUCGGUCACAGUCUGGUUGUUGACACACGUGGCUCACUCUGGAUGUUUGGAGGUUUCUCUUUAACAAAUGGGCCUUUGAAUGACAUCAGACUCUUUGACACAAAGAACAACUCUUGGAUGCCGGUGACAGUGGACUCAACUGGAAGCAUGCCCCAAGUUCGCUACUUUCAUGCAGCAGAGAUAGUCAGCUCUCGCCGAGAGAUCUAUGUAUAUGGAGGUCUUUCACAAAUUUGUCAUGGAGAUGACAAAUGUACAUCACAGAGAGAGGAGAUUGGUGGCCAGACAAACAAUACCCUUGAUGACUUCUGGAAGUUCAAUCAUAAGAAUCAGAGGUGGAUUGAAAUUAAGAAAAAGAAACAUCCACCUCCUCUGGCUGGGCACACAUUAACUCUUUUUCGAAGUGGUGAAUCCGAAAGCUUGGUGCUGAUUGGAGGAUUCAGUCCAUGCUGUGGCUUCUUAGAAACAGUGUGGGAGUUUGAUUUGGAAACAGAACUCUGGAACUCUCUUAACACAACAGGCAAUGGACCACUUGGUGUCUAUGGACACAGCACUGUGUAUCAUGCCCCCACCCAGAGUUUCUACAUGUUUGGUGGCUACAUGUAUAGCAUCAACCAGACAUUCAUCUCCAACAAGCUGUACGCAUUUCAUUAUCCAACUCGCUUCUGGUCCAUCUUGCCCACAUUUGAAGAAUACAACCCUCAAAGACUUAAUCUGCCGCAGGCUCGUUACUUACAUUCUGCUGUAACAACUGAUGACUACAUGCUUGUGUUUGGUGGACGAUCUCAUUACAACACUUCAAAUUCCCUCAUUGCAUAUACAUAUUCCUGCAAUCAGUGGUUGAGGCUUCUCACAGCAGAUGUGGAGAUUGUUGGGUCACCUCCUCCUCCAACAUAUGCUCAUGCUAUGACGCUGGAUGUGGAGACAGGAGCUGCUUUUGUGAUUGGUGGUUUCGAUGGUGGGAUUCAGAGCCAUGUGACACGGAUUAUAUUGCCAAAGGAUUUGUGCCGGCUGUGGAAGGGCAAGAAUAAGUGUCGCAAGUUCCUCGGGUGUAAUCACUGUGACAUUAUGACAGAGCAUGGAGAUAACAUUACACUCUGUUACUCCAACAUGAGGAUUAAUGAAGAGAGUUGUGAGCCUCGUGACCACAAUGCUACACAAGUUAGUGUAAAUAAUGGGGUGGUCUGCACUGCCAAGUGGUUGUCAAAAAGGAACUGUGCCCAAUACACAACAUGUACAGAAUGUUUGGCAAAAUGGCCCAGUCAUAUUAAUGAAGCGCAGGUGUGCAAAUGGUGCUCAAAUUGUGCAAGAGGCCGCUGCAUCCCUGAGGAAAGUGAGUGUGAACGUGAGAACAAGUGCAGUGUUCGCCAGAGAACUGUGUCAGAUGUGAGUCAGUGUGCUGAGAGGCAGUGUCCUGCAUCAGACUGUGACAAGUGUGUGAGUCUUGGAUCUUGUGUGUGGACACGUCAGGUUCUCCUCAGUCCUGAGUUUUCAAAGACAGUGACUGGUGAGCCAGUCUAUGACUGGAACUGCGUCAGCAGUGAGAUCUCUGGACGAUCAAGCAUAGAGAUCAAGUCAGCACAGGUUUGUCCAGAUCGCUGCAAUAUGAAACUGGAUUGUGAGAGCUGCCUGCAGGCUCCAGGAGCUGAGGGUGGCUGGCAUGAGUGUCAUUGGUCCAUUCAGCUUGGAGAGUGUAUAUCACCAAGCUAUAAGCCUCUUUACUGUACUGGUGGAGUUUGUGGCUUGGUGCUGCAUGGAGGCAAUGUUGAACGUUGCCCUGAACGCUGUUCUGCCUAUAAGCAGUGCUCAACCUGUCUUCAACAUGCUCAUUGUGGUUGGUGCUCUCUGGAUGUGGGAAAUGGAACAGGGCAAGGAGUGUGCACAGAAGGUUCCCUUGACAGCCCCUCUGAUGGCCCAGCACACUCAACAUGCGAUGUUCUGUAUCUCCAAGAGAUGUCUUCUGCAGGUAAUACGUCUAUAAAUAACUCAAGUUGGAAUGCUGCAAGCCGUAGAGAUCCAGAUGGAAUUUUUCCCACGUUCUCAUGGCAUUAUAUGCAGUGUCCACCAGAAAACGAAUGUGUGAACAGUCAUCAUACAUGUGACAACAAGUCAGAGCAGUGUGUAGAUCUUCCUGAGGGAUUCAAGUGUGUUUGUGGACAAGGCUAUAAGCCUGAAAAGUCUGCAUGUGUGCCAGUGUGCACACAAGGCUGUGUGCGUGGUGUUUGUGUGGAGCCUGAUGUUUGUCGCUGUGACUUUAGUUAUGUGGGAGCGAACUGUAGCAUCCCAUGCCAGUGUAACAACCACGCAGACUGUGCCGGUCCAGACAAACUCGAUCAGUGUUUGGAAUGUCACAACAACACCAAGGGUCCUCAGUGUGAAAAGUGUCUGCCACUCUUUGUAGGAGAUCCCACUAACAAUGGUCAAUGUGUACCCUGCUUCGAUUAUUGUAACGGACAUACGAAGAUCUGUAUCAACAGCACUGCUUCAGCCUUGCCGUUCCUGUUGAAAGGCUCUGAUGACGCACUGGCAGAUCUUACACUCAAUGAACUUGAGAAACUGCUUCAGGAGGGGCCAACAAGAGAUGCUCGUUGCAUUGCCUGUGGCAGCUUCACCACUGGUGAUAAAUGUGAAGACUGCAUCCCAGGCAAUUUCCGUGGUUCCGAGGAUUAUCGCUCUCCCUGCCGUCCGUGUGAAUGCCAUGGACACGGGGAUCAGUGUGACCCAGUGACAGGAGAAAAGUGUAACUGCCAGAACAACACAGAGAGUGAUGCCACUUGUAGCGGUAACAAGAACGGAAACCAGUGUUGGAAGUCACAGUGUUCCAAGUGCCGUGACUCUUACAUGGGCAAUCCAACUGAUGGUCAUCAGUGCUACCGCCAGAUGACUGUUGACUUCAAGUACUGCUUUGAUGCCAAACAGCUGGAGGAAUGUAAAAUGAAACCAAAGCCCUUACAUCCUGGACGUACUGUAUUCUUUGCUGUGCAGCCUAAGUUCAUGAAUGUGGAUAUUCGUGUUAUUGUGGAUGUGACUCAAGGAGCCUUGGACUUGUACAUGAGCCCCUCUGAUGAUACCUUUGUCGUUAAUGUGAACUCCAGCACUGGGGCUCACACGGUGGAGAUAGACCCUAAGUUCCAUUGGAGAGAGGAAGAGUACAAUGACAUGUCAGGUGGGACACUCACAAGGCUUAAUAUUGUAGAAGUUAAUGCUGGGAAUGAUGACAUUGCACCCAAUGGUUCCACCACCCGAAUCACCAAUACCAAUUACAUAAACUCAAACGUAUUCAUGGUGGUGGAUCGUGAAGCCCGUGGCCUCACAACGUUCGUGACCGUCCAUCAGAAGAAUACUUUCUUAAUGGUGCGAAACCUGAAGGACCGACUUGUAUUGACCCUGCCUCAAGAUCGUCAUGACUUGGCCUCCACAAAAUUCUACCUCGCAUUGACAGCGGUGCGACCAUACCCGCAGGAUGGAGAUACUGCGCCACUUGUUUCUAGUUAUGGCUUAAUAUUUUUUCGCCAGGACCAACUUCAUAUUGAUCUUUUUGUGUUCUUCUCCGUCUUCUUCUCUUGUUUUUUCUUAUUUCUUGCUGCAUGCGUUGUUGCAUGGAAGGCCAAACAGGCAGCAGGUAGGCGUCGUAGAAGGUGGCGUCAUGUGGUGGAAAUGCACCACAUGGCAAAACGUCCAUUUGCCACGGUGACACUGUUGUUGGAUUUUUCUCGUGAUUCUGAUGAUCUAUCAGCCUCCAUAUCCUCCACAGCCAGCACCUCUCAAAGUCCUCACAGGAAGAAGCAGCGUAAGCAGCACACUUCAUCUGCGGGAGACAUCCGACCUGUUGCGGUGGAACCCACAGAUGAUGGGGUGGCUGCAGUUGGUACAGUAUUUAUGCAGCUUCCUGGUGGUAGAGAAGCUCCAGUUUGUCUUGCGCUUGCAUCCUCUCUCAUUCUCCUAGCUAGGGUUUAUCCUUCGAAUGGAAGGGCUUUUCUGAGGCGCAGGAGCAGCCAUGCCCCUUCAUAGUAUGAUGAAAGUUGUGUAUUGCUCUUGAAGCUUCUUGCCUGUACAGGAAAAAUGGCGCAUUCCCACUGCAGUGAUAGUAUAUGAGAAGGUGUUAACUCUGUCAUUCUCACACAGUGUGAGGGAUUAUAAUACAUGAGCUGUUCAUUAAUGUGUUAGGUGAGGUUUGCACCUUCAUGCAAAUAUGUGAUCGAAAUGAAACAUUCAAGUAAUUGGUGGAAUAAUUUCUACCAGACUUCAAAUGCUCUUAACCAAAUUGAAUCUAAUAAUAAUAUCACUGAUAUUUUUUUACCCUUCCUAAUUUUUAUAAUGACGGGACUUUUUUUAGUUGAGUACCUCAAUGUUUUUCUGUGCUUGUGAAUUUUGUCCAGGGUAUGUGCUGGGAAUAGCCUGUUACUUUAUAGGGAGGUUUCUGUCUGUUCCUCCACCUUGCAUGUCUGUCUUUUUUAACAAAUAGUUGUUGCUGUCUAAAUGGAUAGAGCGCAGUAGCUGUCAGUAUACUCUUACUGAUAUUUUGAUAUGAUGAUUUAUUUGUACCAAAGUGUAUACAGAUUUAACAUGCACACAUGACAUUGGCAGCAAGAAGGAAGUACAAUACCUUUAAAUUAUCUGAUUUUGUAUGAUAUUCAAAAUGUGCUACUGCACAGUGGUUCAAACCAUUGUGGUAUGCCAGAGUCUCUUUAUGUGAUGCUUAUAGGCAGAGUAUUGUAGGUAAUUUUUAUUGUACAAUUUCCACCACAUUGGGAAUCUGUUUUGUUAUACUAUACGUAUCAGAAUCUAAGGUGAUAAGGAACCGAACAUCAAAGUCAAGUGGUUACAAUUUCUUGGCCUGGAGACUGGCUGUCUGGAGAUUUUUCAUGGUUGUCCUUAGUCUGUGUAAGAAAAUACUGGAAUAGUACCUUAAAUUAGGUUAUGACCACUUCCUUUCAUAUUUAUGCCAGCUUAUUAUUCAGUAAUCAUUCGAUUAUAUACAGGGGGAACAGAAAUUGUUUUGCCAAAUUUUGGAAUAUGUUUACACACACCAGAACAGUGAAAAACAUGUAUGUGAACUUGUGUGUGAAACAGUUACAUUUCAGAGUUGUGGUCCUUCUGAAUUUUGGAAUAUUGAGGGAUAACCGCCUGGCUAUCAUAUCUUAAGUUAUUGUAGAGUAGUAAUUGUUUGAUAUGCUGUCUGCCCAUCUCCACACAGCUUGGAUUGUUGCACAAAGUAAAAAAUUCUGUGCUUUCCCUCUAACUGUUCCACCAGCAUUUUUCACACACACACUGCUGCAACUCUGCUAUAUAAUGAACUGAAGUGGCAUAAAGAAACAUUUCAAAUGGACCCCCCUGCACACAGACACACAGAAAAUGAUUGGAUUGAGGUGUUGUGAGCAUGAGACCCAUGAAACUGGCGCAGUCACAGGCAGUUUGUAUUGUUAAGACAUAGGUAAAGCUAUCCCUGUAACAGGCCAUGGAGGCCCAUAGGGUUGUGAGAUGUCGAGGCUCCCACCUUUUUA